AGUCGGGCAGAGGCAUCAUCUCACAUUGUUUCUCCCAGCAUCUAGCUAGGGACUCCCUGAGGCAGAGGUAGUUUCUGUGUGCGUAACUUUUAAUUAGUUUCUCUGACAUCAACUUGUGCAUUGACUCUGGAAGGUACAUGAACUAUCUGGAGAAACCUCCCACUUCGGACUGGUGCCUGCACCUGAUAAAAACAAACAAUAUGUGAAAUCACAAACUCUAGUGCAUCCAUUUGCAGUAGACAGGAAAAAUCAAUCUCCAUCCAUGGCCGCAGGCCUGGAAGCACAACGCAGACAGGUCUGAGGUGCAGCAAACGUGGUUGCUGCCAGAAACCUGGUGUGUAGUGGGAAACCCACCAGCUGAACAAAAAUCCUGCCUUUUCCUGUGUGGAUUACAAUAUAUGCAAUUUACAGAACUGGUUUAUGCUGCAAUAUUAUGCAAAACCCCCCAAUAUUGUCCAUUAUUAUUCACACCAGUUUAUUUUUAUCCCACUGUCGAAAAACGGCCAAAACAGUGGAGUCCUUGAGUGCUUGGAUCCCCAUCAUCACUGAAGGGAAUCACGGAACCGUCUCAAGUUUUCGGAGACUCUCACACGUACUGUAACGCAGGCGGUUAAAAAAAGAUCAGGCCAUUAAAAAAAGAUCAGGCCAAGUGCAUUAUUCUUUUUGUGAGGGGCCUCGUCGGACAGCAGGUAAACGAGCCAGGCCUCGGCGCCUGCACAGCGCCGCGCCGAGCAGGCCGCAGCCAAGCCCUCGGUGCCAGCCCCGCUCCCCGCAGACCAUCACCCCGCAAACUCCCCCGCAGGCUCACAGCCCGGCCGCCACCACCGCCCCGGGGCCGCCGUUCCGAGAGGCGCCCGGCGGCCGCCUCACGCCGCGCCCAGCGCCGCCGCGGCCGUUAGCUCACGUGACGGCGGGCGGAGGCGCCGCCGGUCCGCCCCCCUCCCCGCGGAAGGGAGGAAGAGAUUAUGGCACAGGCUCAAGGUUUGGGGAAGAGAUACGUUAAAGCCUUUUUUAAAGGCUUCUUUGUUGCUGUUCCAGUAACGGUGACUUUCCUGGACAGAGUUGCCUGCGUAGCACGGGUGGAAGGAGCAUCAAUGCAGCCUUCUUUGAAUCCUGGGGGAAGACAAGCAUCUGAUGUAGUGCUCUUAAACCACUGGAGCAUUCGAAAUUAUGAUGUACAACGUGGGGACAUUGUAUCAUUGGUGUUGGUGACCAUGUACUGGUUUGGGAUUUGCCUUUUGUACCCUUUAGGAGCUGACGGUGAUUGUGAUCGUUUGUUGUUCCAUCCUAUCCUGCUUCUCUGAGCCUUUAGGAGAGAGGAAUAGUAUCUCUACUCAAAUGGAAGGCAGCAGUUCUCAUCUCUGAUGGUAGGCACCCACUCUUCUGUAAAAGAGAAUUUAUACUUUGCGCAAUACCGUCCCGAACAAGAGACUGUGGAUAUCAAAGAUCUUGAAAGUAUGGUCUGAAAGAAACAAAAGACAUAAACAUAUUUCUUACAAUAUUAAUUGUGUGUUUCCAGGCAUUAUUGGAGCUCAAGAUAAAUCAUUCUAUGUUAUCUUAUUUGCUGAGCCUUUUCAGAGCAAGUUUUGCCGGUGGCAAUCACUAUUCAAAUAAUUAGAAGUUUUUCUUAGCUGAUGUAUUAGAGGCAACGACAUUCAGAUCAUUAACGAUGGGAUCCGUCUUAAGUAGCUCUAGACAUCUAGAAGCAGUCAUCUGGGCUCCUGUAAUACUCAACAGAAAGGAAAUACCACCUUCAGUGGUUAAUUCAUCACCCUGUAAGAUUGCUAAGUAAAGCUGCAUGAAUCAUUUCAAAGGUAUUUCUCUUUUUCUUCACUGACUGAAGAGAGGAUUUAGAUCUCUAGCAUAAACCAUGUGUCAACUUCAGAUGCUUAAGGUCAGUCGAGGUAAAUCCCUGUGUGGUUUAGAAAUUGUUGUUUGCAAACAUCCAUGAAGCCAGAGUGGCUAUAGUAUAAACAUCUCUACCUAUGAAGUUUGUAUUCAUUUAUAUUUUUAAAGAGGGAUUAUGGAUUUACAUGUAUAUAGUAAUGUCACAUGCAAACAGAUUCUCAAAAUAUUUUUGUUUAUUGAUAACAUUAAAAUGUAGACUUCUAAAGAAUAUGCCGUGUUGUGUGUGACAGUUUAAGGACAUUUUCAGUAUCUUCUCUAUAUAUUUGUGUAAUAUUCUGAUCAUGAGAGUUUUGAGUAUUUGUUCAGAAAGUUCACACAAUUAAAGAAUAUUAUUAUCUCCAGUUUUAAAUUCACUUUAGCUGGUACUGUUUUUCAGAAAUUCAUUGUGGUGAGCAAGAAACGAUGAUGGAUUCUAAAUAAACAGUUAUUCAACUAUGCUUCUAACAAUUAAAACUAAAAGAAAAUUUCAGAUAUUCAGUCAGGCUGAUUUUGCAGCCAGGGCUUGCUCAUUACUGAGAACUUCUUACACAUAAUGAAGAAGGAAAGAAAUAGGAACCUGGACUCAAGAGAAAUUCUGAGGAGGUGAUACUUGUUUACUAUUGCUGCUGGCGUGAUCGUAUCUUUUAUCUUCUGCUACUGCUUUGCUUUCCAGUAAGGAGUGAUAACGAAGGCUUAUUUUUUAUUUUUAAAGGAUUUACUGCAUACCCUGAAAGAUGUGAGGAUGAAAGAUUUCGGAUAGAACCAGUACAUUAGUCCUGUUAUAAAUGCACUGUUGUCAUUAUCUUAUGUGUAUAAUGAAAUGGAAAUCACAGAAAAUAA